AUGUUUGUUGAUUGUCUUCCAGGACGUGUUGCAACUUUAAUAGAGGAUCAGCAAUCGUAUGCAUGUGGACUGGUGUUCAAAGUGACCGGACGUGAUCAGAUCAAAGCAGCACUGGAACAUCUUCACGAGCGUGAAAUACUCAAUGGCUACGAGUACUGCAUCAUUCCAGUCGAAGUGAAUACACGUGAAGGUGAAUGCACAACAACGAAACGAAUAAAUGCGUUGACGUGUAUUGCGAAUGCAGACAAUGAAUUUUAUUUGGGACCAACUUCAGUGGAUGAGAUCGGUGAGCAAAUUGCGAACGCAAAAGGAUGUGCUGGCCCGAAUUCGGAUUAUCUCUUCAAGUUGGCCGAUGAAAUCCGGAAUUUGUUUCCUGAUUAUUCAGAUCAACAUCUCUUCGAACUUCAAGCUUCUGUUAUGCAACGACGGCAACAACAACCGCUUCUCUGCUGA